GGAACCCGCUGGACAAAAGUGGCUCGAUGAUUCUGCCAUCUUUGAGGCUAAUUUCCUGACCCACAUGUAGAAUCAACCGGAAUCCUGAAACAAAAUGUGGAAAUUCACAGAUUUACAUCUUGGACGAGAUUUAAAACCCACAGAUGGGCAAAACCUUAGAAGAACAGAGGAGUGGUCAAGUGGAACAAGGGAUAUAGUUGUAGUUGAAUUUUAGAAAGAGAAGAAGGUACUGAGUGAGUUAUGUUUAAGGAGUAAGAAGAUAUUGUGAUUCUGGCAGUGGAUUGUGAAAAUGGAGAUGUUAAAGUGAUGAAGUUGGGGUUAAGUCUUUGUAGAUGUGGACGAUGCCAGCGGAAAGUGUUGCAGGGACAGACCUGGGAUCCAGAUAGAGUCUGAACAGGUUUUUGGAGAGUAGGUGGGCAAAUACUGAGGACUGGAGAACUGCCAAGGACAAACCAGGGAAAUCUUCCAGGGAAGAUUUGUCACGAACGGAAUGACUGGAGGAAUCCAGGUUUGGCUUAGAAGCCAAAAUAAACUUCAACCUAUGAGGCACAGAGGACACUAAGCAUAAGUUGAGUUCAGGUAAGCGAAAAUGCGCGCAGAAAUUUAACAUCGCACAAAGUGAGGAAUCAUAACCAAGGGAUAACUCAAGGAGAAAAGCAAGGUGGUUGACUCUUCCGCAAAAGCUAAUCGCCCAACGGUUCCUUAAGCUCCCAGCAGUUUGACGGAGAUAAAUGCAGUCAGGUGUGUGAGCUGCAAGGAAGUCAGUUACGCCCUCCCAGACAAACCUUCUGUUCAGUGCAGCGUAACACAGACACAAGCUCACACCCACACACCAGGAUCAUGACUGUGAUCAGUGGUGAGAAACAUAAACGCUUAUUCUGGGUCACCGCUGAUUUAAAACCAUGUUCUCAUGGUUACUUUAUACUUUAUGAUGUGUAAAACAGCCUCAAAUGUACAUUUUCAGUUUUUCAGAUUUGUAACUAAAGAUCAAUUGAGGAUUAAGGAAGUUAUAGAUUAGGAAUACAUGUAAGAAUUUUGUUUCCCAUUUUGAUUAGCUCACAAAUGGGGCUAACAGCAUUAUUAAAGAAGGAAAAUGUUAUCCCAGAAAAACUUUUGCUUAUUCUGAAGCCACAAAAAAGAGAGAAAAACUAAGAAUUUCCUAUCAGUACAUAAGUGUUUUUUCUUUUUUCUUUUAACGCAGGGCAAGUCGUCACUUAUUAUGGAAGGCCAGACGUCCAGAAAACGUUUUCCUCUGAAGUACAGUUGGAUCUUCCUGUUCUUGGCUUGCCUUGUUUUAUGGGUUAUGCUUUACAGUGAAAACAUCACUGAUCACAUAACUCGUCGAUUAUCAGAGUUAAAGAUGAACGUCCCCACCACUCAGGCUCCGACACCAAACACCACAACAUUAAAACGUCCCACUGAGCCUCCUCAGCCAGCCAGCGUCUGCUCCUACCACUCUGUGUUACCAGAGGACGCUCUGGAGGUAGAACAGCUGAAGGAGUCCAUCGCCUGGCCUGAAACACCUUCUCUACCAUCCAACUUCUCUCUGAAUGACACCAGUGGUCCGGCUCACAGCACCUUCACCAUUCUGCCAAGAAAUGGUGGUGGAAGUUGGCGAGUAGGGGAUCAGCUGGAGGUUCUGAUACAAAUCACCGACUUCCACGGCCGCCCCAAGUCAUCAGGGGGAGAUGUUCUGCUYGCUCGGCUGCACAACCCGACUCUUUUUGCAGGCGUUGCAGGGCGAGUGUUGGAUCAUCACAAUGGCUCUUACACUGCUGUGUUCUCUCUACUCUGGGAAGGAAGUGCGCAUGUUGAGGUGACUCUGGUCCAUCCCAGCGAGGCGGUCACUGUGCUGGAAAGAAUCACCCAGCAGAACCCUGGCAGAGUUUCUUUAAAAGGCAUCUUCCGCUCUGGCUCAGUCACCGAAGCUACUGCUUGUAACGUGUGCCUCAAGGCGCCCCCUGAAAAGCUCUGCAACUUCACCGACAUCCGCACCGGCGAGCCCUGGUUCUGCUACAAGCCAAAGAAACUCAAAUGUGAACACAGAGCCAUUCACUCAUUUGGAGGAUUUGGUGUGAAACUGAAGCCGAUGGAGGAAAAUCUCUUUCAAAGGGGUGUAAAUAUGAAAGUCUUCAUUCGAGCAUCAGGGUCUUCCAACAUCAUUAUUUUACCCAAACUAAAAGUUCUGAUUGAAACAGUUCCCACAAACACAUCAGGGGGAAGUGUGAGCGCUCAACCUGCUGGUUAUUAUUACCAGGGUAUUUGGCGAGCACUAGAUGGCACCACAGUUCACCAGCUUACUAACAACUCUGCAAUUAGCCAGUGUUUGAGUGGCAAGGUGCUUCACCUGUAUGGAGACUCCACCAUCAGGCAGUGGUUUGAAUAUUUAAUCUCAGCAGCACCAGAUCUAAAGAAGUUUGACCUGAAAAGUCGAACGCAGACAGGACCUUUUAUGGCCUUGAAUUACGCAAAGAACAUCUUGGUGACGUUCCGCUGCCAYGCUCCUCCCAUCCGUUUCGGUAACUUGCCGAUCAGUCAAGUACGAUACAUUGCCAACGAACUGGAUGGUUUGGUUGGAGGUGAAAACACGGCUAUAGUUAUUGGAGUUUGGUCGCACUUCAGCACUUUCCCUGUUGAGGUMUACAUCCGGCGCCUGCUGAGCAUACGGAGGGCAGUGGAGMGGCUGCUGACCAGAGCUCCAGGUACRCUGGUCAUCAUYAGGACCGCGAAUCCCAAAGCGCUGUCCCUCUACGAGACUCUGACCAACAGUGACUGGUUUUCUAUUCAACGUGACAAAAUACUCAGGACAAUAUUUAAAGGGGUGAAUGUCCGAUUUGUGGAUGCCUGGGAGAUGACCUUGGCCCACCACCUGCCACACAACCUCCAUCCACAGCGUCCCAUAAUAAGUAACAUGCUAAAUGUUGUUUUAUCCCACAUAUGUUCUCCAGCAGGGAACUUUACAGAAACAAAAAAGUUGUAGAAAAGGACCUGGUAUUUGGGUAACCACUGGUGAUUGGGGACACUUGAUCUAUAUCACGUUAUGGACAUGUCAACCAGCAGUUAUGAAGAUUGAAUGAAAAUGAGCAACACAGAAGUAGGUAAAGGAAAUUUGAUGCUGGGAUGAAAUGGCCUCCAAGAAAACUUUGCAGAAAUACAAAUAGGUGGUGAGGUAGACGCAGUGGACCCAGGUUUGUAGAAUGAAUUAAGAUUUUAAUGAAUGACCUCACAGAAAACCAGGCAGCAUACUUGAACUAAGAGACAAGGAACUCAACACUGGUAGCACUGGGAACGAGGACAAACGACAGCAGAGACAAUGACAUGUGACACGACAAGGAGCCGGGAACACAGGUGGGAUUAAAUACGCAAGGGGCAAUCAGGGAACACAAGACACAACUGGGAGCAAUCAACGGCAGACGGACCACACAAAAAA